UAGUAGUGGCCAUAGUUGACAGGGUCUUAUCCUGUGGUCCUUAGGAAGUCAGUCAGUCGGUUAGUGUGUCCGGGUAGGGUUACGUGGUGAGGAGUGGGACCCUUGUCGUGCACCAACACCACGAUGGACGACUACCCGAUGUAUGGGUUGCUGGUUGGGUUCUCCCUCUGGGGGACCCUCUGGCGUCUCCUCUUUCCUCUGGGAUUUUGGCAUACCUUUGCGUGUAGAGUAGGGUCCACUCGAGGUGGUACCGCCACCCAACCAUACACGAAGGAGGAGAAGGAGAAGAUGGCCGCCAUCCUGCAGGAGAGGAAGGAGAAGGAGGCCAAGAAGAAGGCCUUGAAAGAAGAACAGGCGGCCAAACUGAAGAAGAUGGAGGAAGAAAUGGCCAGGGGGAAGGAGAGGCUGAUAAAGGAAGAAGAGGAGAAGCUGAAGGAGGUGGAUGAAGAGGAGGAGGGACCGCCACUGCAAAGGAGUGGGCAGCACAGCGGCUGCAGCAGUGAUCAGAUGGAGAAGAAGAUUUCGGAGUGGGUCGCCAACUUAUCCCUGGGUGAGGAGGAAGAGGUUGCUAUGUACAUCCCCAAGGAUGAGCAAGAAGCCGCUAUGAAGAAAUGGGAAGCAAAAGAAGAUGUUCUGACGCGGCGGGUGAUGGAGGAUGAACAAAGGAUGGCGUGGAAGCUCGCAGUGAUGAGGGAGAAGAAGAGAAGAGUGGAGGCGGCGAAUGCGGCAAUGCAGGAACUGGAGGAGGUGAGGGUUGCCGUAACAACACAAUUGAUUCCGCAAGUGGAUCUCCAACGUAAAGUGGAGAUCAUCGCCCAGAGCGUUGAGCGGUUAGCUAAAGUGCAAGAAAGGCACUUUGAGUUUAGUCGCAGCCAGGAAAUAUCUAUACGCUCGAUGCGAGCGGGCUUACGGGACUUUGCUCGCGAGUUAGUAGGCGCUGUGGGGUCCGAGGUGACUCACCGCCUCAAGAAGACUGAGCGUUUUUGUGUCGGCGCCAUUGAGGGCGUCAAGGUGGCCGCUCCCAAGGAGGAGGAGGCUCGUCCUCGCAGGGAGCCGGUCAAAGUCAAAUUCCCUGAUUCCUACAGUGGGAAAAGGGAAGAGAACUUUGACAAUUGGGAGGCCAAUGUUAAGACUUAUGUGCAUCUGCAACAGGUAUCCCCGGAUCAGCAGGUCCUAAUUGCGAUCCACGCGCUUAGAGAUGAGGCCGCCAGCUUUGCAAGGUCCCAAGUUCGCGCUGCCAACUGUAGUGACGACCCGGUAGCGUACUCCUUGUUCACGUCCCUCGCCGAAUUCUUGAAGUUGUUACGUGAGCGAUUCGCUGAUGUUGCCCGUAGUGUCAAAGCCUCAGAUAGGCUUCAGACAAUACACUCGCGCCAAUGGAAGAGUGCAAGCACUCAAGGGCACAAUGGAUGAGUUAGUGGCUGUUCCUGACCACAAGGUCACAGAGACCCAGUUGGUCAACCUCUUCUACCGGGCCAUGCCCGAAGCG